GAAGGCUGAUCCUUAUAUAGGCUAAAAGAAGCAAAACGGGUUAAGCCUCCAUCGAAAGGAAGCAUUGCUCUCUGCUUGACAAGAUUCACACGUCCUCUUCAGCUUGUAAGCCACCACACGGGUACGCUCUUCCUGCGACGACGACCUCGAGAGAGGUCCUUUUCAGCAGAUUCACACUGGAGUAGCGUAUCCUGGGCUUUCGUUUCGGUAAACCUCUGUCUGACUCGGGCGCGGAUCCUAUGAGCUCUGACACAACGGCAGAGCAGGUUCCGAGCUGUCACUGAUGGAUCCCGACACACCCUCUCUACCUCGGAGGAGUCGCCCUCGGCCGCAGCUUGGAGGAAGGUGCGGCCCGGCUGCACUGUACAUAAGCGAGCUUCUGGCACUGACAAGAAGCAGGGGCAUAGCGGACGAGAGGACGAGAGGACGAGAGGACGAGAGGACGGGAGGACGGGAGGACGAGACGACCAGACGACGAGACGACCAGACGACCAGACGACGAGGAUCACACGAGGCAAGCGCAGCCGUUGGCAUGCCAAAGGACAGGAGGCGCUCUCUGCGGGGCUAAGGGAUGGGCUCAAUGCCGUCCACCAACCAUGGC